AACCUGGAGAACCUGGAGAACCUGAACCCACGAGCUGAGAUGAGGAGAGGCGGCGUGACCUCCUCUCCCUGAGCAGCGCGUCCUGCUGAGGAUGCUGAACAGAUACUGGAUCUGUGCGUGUGCAGGUGCUAAACACCACCUCUGGCAGUCAUGAGGAAUAGAGGGCUGAAGACGCAGUCCUGAAGAUUGAUGGAGGGCCAUGCUAUUCAAACAGCAGGCAUUGCUGAGACAGAAGCUCUUCGUACUGGGCAGCCUCGCUAUUGGAAGUGUCCUUUAUCUCGUGGCCAGGGUUGGGACCUUGGAUAGGCUACAGCCCAUUUGCCCCAUUGAGAACAGACUGACCCCUCCUGAGCCAGAGCAAAUCCCACUCCGUACCUUGCAGUUUAAGCGUGGCCUGCUUCAUGAAUUACGUAAGGGCAAUGCCACCAAAGAGCAAAUACGCCUGCACAACCUGGUCCAGCAGCUGCCACGUGCCAUCAUCAUUGGUGUGCGCAAGGGCGGCACUCGUGCCCUGCUGGAGAUGCUCAACCUACAUCCAGCCGUGGUCAAGGCUUCACAGGAGAUUCACUUCUUUGACAAUGACCAAAACUACGCCCGUGGAAUCGACUGGUACAGAGGGAAAAUGCCCUUCUCCUUCCCUCAUCAGAUCACCAUUGAGAAGAGCCCCGCCUACUUCAUCACAGAGGAAGUCCCUGAGCGCAUCUUCAAGAUGAACUCCUCCAUCAAGCUGCUGAUCAUCGUCCGUGAGCCCACCACCAGAGCAGUGUCGGACUACACGCAAGUUCUGGAGGGCAAGGAGCGUAAGAACAAGACCUACCACAAGUUUGAGAAGCUGGCCAUUGACACCAACACCUGCGAGGUGAACACGAAGUACAAAGCAGUGCGGACCAGCAUCUACACCAAACACCUUGAGCGAUGGCUCAAGUACUUUCCUGUGAAGCAGUUCCAUAUCGUGGACGGGGACCGCCUUAUCACGGACCCGCUGCCAGAGUUGCAGCUCGUCGAGCGCUUCCUCAACCUACCCUCAAGGAUCAGCCAAUAUAAUCUGUACUUCAAUGCCACCAGGGGAUUUUACUGUCUGCGAUUUAACAUUGUCUUUAAUAAGUGCCUGGCAGGCAGCAAGGGACGCAUCCAUCCAGAGGUGGACCUAUCAGUCGUGACAAAACUGCAGAAGUUCUUUCACCCCUUCAAUCAGAAGUUUUACCAGAUCACCGGCAGAACAUUCAACUGGCCAUGAAGAACUUUAAACUUCCAUAAAAUGAGAAUCCUGGAUUGGUGUUUUACUAAAACAAAAAAUGGCGCUCUAUAAGAGCUCAAAAGAAAAUAAGAACAGCACUUUGACUGAAUAUAAACGGAUAUUUUAAGGUUUUAUUAAGUGUGGUUGUUGUGAAGCUGACACGUAGUCAGCACUGCCCAUAGUGCAGAGAACCAGUCUGCGACAUCAAACUAUGUCUCAGGCUCACUUUCGCUGAAAACACGACUGCCUUUCAGUGUUGCCCACUACUUUCAAUGGGAAGUAGCUAAAGCUAGUGUGAAAAGCCAUAGGUGUAAGAUCUACCCUUUCACUUUCACUCUCUUAAAGCAGGAGUGGAACCUUAAUUACUGUUGCUGUCCAUUACACCAGGCUUUUGUUAUUUCUAGAUUAUUUUGCAUCAUAAAUGUGUAUCCUUGUGAACUAUAUAGCAUUCUAUAUCAAAACAAACACUUUUAUUUGUGAACUAUCAUCAUGAUGUCAUGAUGGAAUAUCAAGAUAUCAUUUUGAGCCUUACUCACCCACCACGACUGAACAGGCUGAACAGCCACUUCUGGACCACACUAGAAGUUAGUUUGCCCCCUUAGGUCAUUUUCUAAGUUCUAAAUUUGAGGCCCCUGGUUUAGGGGGACAUUGGGAUUAGGCCCUAGCCUCCAUGUCCCAGUCAGUCAGCUCUGACAACCACACUUCAAAAAAAACUGAAAUAUCCCUUUAGUGCAAGAACAAUAGUGUGACCAAUAUAAAAGGAACUUGAUGUAAGUUUGUUUCUACGUGUGUGAAAAUGAAAUGACAUAAGGUGGAAUGGUUUGAUCUUGCAGAUUAAUGUGUGUGUCAGUUUUCCCUAUUAAGAAAAAACAAGUGCUGAGCUGUGAUUAACGAAAGAGAUUAUUUUUUGUUGAGUAUCAAACAAUGACAUUCAUGUUGUUAAGAUAAGCUUUAAGUGUGAUGAUUUCCUUUCAUGAUAAAAGCCCUUUGAGGACGACAAAAUGACAAGUCACAAACAGCUAAAUUGUUCUUUUGUUCUCUGUCAUGUUUAUUUGACCAAAGCUGCAUGUGCAAUCAAGGAUCUUGUAACAGUUUGAUGUUUUCUGUUGUUUGCUCAUACUUAUUUCCACCACAGUUUUGAAUUGACUCUGUGAUCAGUCCAUUGAAAGGUCUCAUCCCAAAAUCGUCAGUGUAGAACUUUGAUUCCAAAGCAUUUUAGACUUGAACUUGUGUUUUAUUGUAACUAUGUUGUUUCUUCUCCAACAGCUCUCUCAUUGGUUUACGGGAUAUCUGGCAAAAAGCCAUAGUGAAAAAACAAUAUCCUCUGAUUACUCUUGUCAAACCAACACUUUGUUCUAAGAUGAAUAUUGAAAAUCUGUCUCAUUCUGUAACAUGUGUGUUGUUUCAAAAUAAAAAACCUGUACAUUUGUCAACUUA